GUCAGAUUGCACCCCUGUCGUAGUAGCGCGGAAUAAGGACACUGGGUGUUGCACGUUGCGCCAAAACGGAGCCGUGGAGGAUAUAAAUUGUAUAUAACGGGCCAGUACUUGUAUGACAGUUAGAAACGAGCACACGCAGGAGCAAAUCGCACUUUCGCAAGUUCAAAUAUCUAAAGUGUUCGCGCCAGAUCUGCCGACAGAUAUCACAAUCGUUCUUGCUUGUCAGCUUACUCGGCAGCUUGCGUGUGUAUGUGAGCCCGUACAUGAAGCAAAACGCAAAUCGGUGGUCAGUGUGCAUUUGCGCAAGUUCGAGAAGCCAAGAGUGACGGAGAGGACAAAUACAUCCGUGUUGGAGGGGCAGGUGCGACAGCGAUCGCAACGACGACUGGCAACAUACACGUGUACGUUUGAGAGAGAGAGAGUAGAACACGGAUUCUCUCCUGUGUAUCCCUAACAACUUCAGCAGCAGAAGGGUCGAGGGCAUUGACGUGUUAACGGUACCUCGCUCUCACUCUCGCGCGGCUUCCGAAAGGGCCAUCAUCUCUACACGCGCGUCGAAGCGACUUGAAGCUGAAAAUUAAGAGUGACUUGAUUAAAGUGCUACUGCUGCUGCCACCGCUGCUGCUGCCAGGGAGAGGUUCGUCGUCGCCAGAGAAUACCUAGGAUUCAAAAGAAAAUGGCCGACAAUUGGUCAACACAAACUGUCGCUUGCCGGUAUUUUAGAUCUGGACGUUGUCGUGAAGGUGCAAACUGCAGAUAUAGACAUACGCUCUCUGGCAGAAAUGAAGUAGCACUUAGUGAAUCUGGUAGUUCACAGGGCUCUUCGACACAGCAAAUCUGUCGGUAUUUCAGACAAGGUAUCUGCAGAUAUGGUACUCAAUGUCGAUUCCUUCAUAUUACAAGUAACCAGUCAGAAAGGUCCAGUACUGAAAUUCCAUCAAUUAGUACAGUGGCUUCUUUGGAUAAAACUAUAGAUGCCACAUCAGGUGCUGUAUCAGAAGAAUGGGUAAAUGCUCCAGAAUUCAUACCAACUUCAGGGAAUACAACUACAAAUGAUGCACAGGAGAAUCCUUUUGCAGAAGAUGUUGCAUCAGGAACAACAGAACCAUUAUCCUAUGCCCAAGCAGUUAAUCCAGGUUCCACAGGAGUGCAAGGAUCAUUCUCAUACUUAGAUCCACUAUGCCCAUAUGCAGAAGCUACUGGAAUAUGUAAAAAACCGAAUUGCGGAAACCUUCACGGUGAUAUGUGCGAUAUGUGUAACAAACAGGCACUUCAUCCUUACAAUGAAGAAUCAAGGAAAAGACACAGUAAUGCUUGCGUGAGACAGCAUGAAAUAAAUAUGGAAUUAUCGUUUGCAAUUCAGCGUAGUCGGGAGAAAACAUGUGGUGUGUGUUUUGAAACGAUUAUGGAAAAGUCAUCACGCGAGCAAAGGUUUGGUAUAUUACCAAAUUGCAAUCACUGCUUCUGUUUAUCUUGCAUUCGAAAGUGGCGCCAAGCAAAGCAAUUCGACAAUAAAAUCAUCAGGGCCUGCCCAGAGUGUCGUGUUCCUUCAGACUUCAUCUGUCCUAGUAUGUAUUGGGUGGAUACAAAAGAGGAAAAAGAUAAACUUAUCACAGAUUACAAGUCUGCUUUAAGUACCAAAGAUUGCAAGUACUUUAGCAAAGGCAGAGGCAAAUGUCCGUUUGGUAAUAAAUGUUUCUACCUUCAUGCAUUACCCGAUGGCACGAAGACUGACGUCGGUCCUCCUGUCCGGCAACGUCGUAAUGCUGACAACGAUAUUGAUAUAUUCAGGCAACUGUUGCUUUGGGACUUUAUGGACGAUAGGGACAACUUUUGGAUGUACAACAUCGACGACCUCCAGGACAUCGUCAACAUCGUUUCCGACUCUGAUGACUCCGACUGGUCUGAAUAUGACCUUUACUUCGAUUAGUUUCCCCACCUAUUCCAUUUCAAGAGUUGCCACUUUGCCAUUGCAAGAGGAUUCUGUAUGCCCUUUGUAUUGUGAAACAGUUUUAGCGAAAUGAGAGGACCUCCAAAUACACGCAAAAUAAUGAAGAAAAAAGAAGCUGAAUUGUUAAAGAUCACUACUCGCUAUUGCGUAAAUCUUCUCUGUUCAACUUUAAACUUUUUUGGAGUUACCCCAUUCACAUUCGCGCUAAUAUUAAAUGCGAGGCUGGAUCUAUUCAUUUGGUACAAUUUGAUAGCACGACACGCUUAUGAGAGGCGCUUACUGAAGAUUAAGGAAUUAAUUAAAAGAAAAAUUACGUCACUGUAUGAAAAAACUUUGCAAUCUUCGUUCGAAGAACUUGUACAGUACUAGCUUGCUGCUCUCAAAUUGUUUUUAAAAUAAUAAUCGUUGACGUUGUUGAAUAUCCUAUUGUGCUGUUAUUAACCUCAAAAGGUCGUUAUAUGCUUAUUUAUUUAUUUUUUUUGAAAAAUUCUAGCAGUAUCGCUGAUUCAUCUUUGUUAAUUAUCACCGAGGCAUACGUAAAUCUGUUGAUGUUGUGUUUUCUUAAAGUGGAGCAGCAAGCUAGUUCUCGGAUUUUCAUUUAAACGAAAAUAACGAUUCGGGAAAAAAGUGAAAGAGGUUCGCUCGUUCGUUCACACAGGUGUUUUUUCUAGCGAGUCUUAGCUUUCUUCGUCCGCUGAUAUUUUUUUAGGCUAAAUAUCAUAAAAUAUAUAUAAAAAAUUAAUAAAACGUAACUGAAAAAAAUACGAUGAUAAGUUUUUGCUCGCUGUUAUAGCAUGUACGCGUUCAUGAACGUGUCCUUUGGUCUGAAUAAACUGCGAACCUAGCACAUUUCCAGAAUAAUACGUAAUCUCUAGAUUAACAUUACCUGGGCUGUGCGAUCGCACAGAUAUUGUCUGCGUAUCUUAGAUGUUAAUUUGUAUAUUUAGCCAAGCUCGAUGGACCAGGAAAACAUUGAUGAUUGGCUUCAGAUCCGUUUCUUACGAUAAUAUAUUUUUGUUAUUGGAAGUAAUAAAGUAGUUCGUAUCCUCCACGAACCGUGAGACAAAUUUUUAUCGUAGUAAUACUCUUUACGCUCUCGAUUCAAGGUCAAACAAAAAGAAAAUGAACGAAUAGCGCUCUUGUUCAUUUUUGAAACCUCUGACGAGGCACUAAACAUACAAAUUGACAGUAUAGAAAUACACUGAGCACUAUCGUUAAGUAUCGAUACAUCUUAACUGUAGCAGCUUUCUUUAGAAUUUAUUUUUAAGAGGUCAAAUAAAUAUUGGAAAAAAAUUUUAACGAAUUUACACAAUUUGCUUGAUAAAUCUUUGGCUCCUUAAGAUGCCGUUACACGCGUACGUUAUACACUGUAAAAUUCUAAUAAGGUACUUAAAAAAUCAUCAAGUCACCGUAAAAUACUACGUUGUCAUUGUGGGUAAAAAGCAAUUUAAGGCCACCUUUUUUUUCAAUCGAUUCACUAAUACUAUACGUAUGCUCCUGGCAGUGAUGAGUUAGUUUAAAAACAAACGAAAAAAAUAUCGUCUCAAAAUUGAAAAAUUACUCCUAUUUUAAAAAUAAAUCUAGUUUUUGAUUUACUCAA